UUCCUAUCCCGCCUGAUGGAUUCACUAUUCUACGGAUGGAGUCAUAUUGGAUUUCCCAGGAUUAAAGGUCACAUGAACGCUUCUAUGUCUAGCGUUUGCCCUUCACCUGACUAUAUAAGCUCAGGUAAGAACGAUCAAAGAUAUCAGUUGUUCCACAAAUCAACCGACUACAACAUGAAGCUGUUCAUUAUCGCCGCUGUCUUGGCCGUUGCUACCGCUGCCAGCUACAAGCCGGCAUACAAACCACCCACCUACUCCGCACCGGCCUACUCCAAACCAGCUUACUCUGCCCCUGCCUACUCUGCUCCAGCCUACUCUGCCCCAGCUUACCCAGCACCUGCCUACUCUGCCCCAGCAUACAAGGAUAACAAAUACGCCGACAUCACCAUCACCAGCCAAUCUGAUGAGCGCAAUCUCGAUGGCAGCAGCCAAUGGAGCUACGCCCAGUCUGACUACACCACCCGCGAGGAAUCCCAGGUCCAGAAGAAGAUGCAAGGAGUCAAGUACGACUCGUACGGCAAAGCCACAUACGAGGAUGUUAUGGGCAACACCAACAAGGGAUCUUCCUACUGGGUUUCCCCUGAAGGCGAGAAAUUCACUUUGACCUGGGCUGCCGAUGAGGCCGGUUUCCAGCCCAAGGGUGACCACUUGCCCGUUGCUCCCGUCCAUGAGUACGAGCUCCCAGUUGCCCCCGUCCACGAAUACGAACUCCCCGUUGCCCCCGUCCACGAAUACGAACUCCCCGUUGCCCCCGUCCACAUUCCCUUCAACGGAAAGGGCUACAAGAUCUAUUAAAUUAUUGAUACAUGAAUGAAGAUAUAAAUUAUGUCCAAUGUAUCCUUUGUCUUCCCUCUUGACAUUGUAUGUGUUGGUGUAAAUAAAAUUGCAGAACGUCUAAAUUAA